AUGGAUCAAGGCAUGAUUGAUUGGACGAUGUUCCUGGCAGACGAUCCAUGGUUUCUUCCCGACCCGCCACCAGCAGGGAUGGAGCUUGUCGAUGCGCUGCCGACCAAUGUCGAGACGGGACCGAGCCUGGAAGACUUGCUGCAGUGCCCCUGGCAUCCGAAUCCGUCUGAAAACUGCUGCUGGCGCCGCGCUGCUAACGACCCGUUCAUGGGCGUUGAAGAGUCAGUGGCGGGUCUCGGCCACUUCGGAGUAGGAUUUCCAGACGGCCACUAUCCAGAGACGGUCCCGGGGUCAUUUACCAGCACGAGGCUUGAGCUCGGACUACCCAUUUCUACUGUUGACGCGAGUUUUCUGGACAGGGCUUGGAACCACGGGAACGACGACGGCUGCUUCCCAGACACCACCGAGGCGAAGGCAUCCCAAGAAGACGAAGGCCAGAGCGAGCGAUCCCUGGUUAUAGAGGAGCCUGUAGAGCUCUCUCAGGAAACAUUCGAGAUGCUUAAUGUCACAAUGGAGGACAGCGAAGAACACGCUGUGUAUAGCGAAGCCAUCCUCGACCCGGGCACGGCGAAACCGGAGCCAGCCGCCGCCGCCGGCUGUCCCACAUCCACUUCAACAGAUCAAUGCACCGUUUAUCAAGAUAUUCCUGCGCAAGAAACUGCGAAACGUCCCGCGGAUAAAAACGACAAAGACGAAAGUGAUGACGGGGCAGGACCUCCAGCGAAGGUGGCUCGCAGGCCCAGGAAAUAUCAACGCAAACGAAAAUUUCAGGACCUUGACAACAGCUCCGAAACAACCAAGACGGGACAAGACGACAGCGACUCCGAUUACGCCCCAGACCCUCACAAGAAGAAGCGCGCGCGCAUCACCGCCCCGACGGUUUACAAGACUCCGCCAGCCACCGCGAAGAAGCCUCGAAGGCUCAAGGGAAAGCAGGUGUGGUAUGCCACGAACACUUCGCCAGCUGCCAAAUAUCGCAUCAAUACGAAGAAGCCAGCCCGGGAUGGAGAGAUGGGAGUGGCGGCCGUUGCCAACUAUGCGCCCAAUGCCAACACUGCGCGCUUCGCCGCGACUGCAAAGCGGGCUCGCUAUGCCUUUGAAGCAACCACCGUUCGCCCGCAGCCGGGCAUCUGGUACGAAGACGCCGAAGACGCACAGUAUACGUAUUCUACAUUGCAGGAGGAGUUCCAGAGCGUGAAGGAGCAAGCUACGGGCAGUGGUCGGAAUGUGCAGCAGGUGGUUUUUGCGGACAGGGCUGGGGACGCCACGUUUGCGGAAAACGCCACGUCGGCCGAGAUGAUUAUCAAAAUUGGAUAA